AUGCAUAUAAAGCAGUACAAAGAAUUCAAAGGAACUAGGAAUAUAGCGUUAGAGUCUUUUAAAAUAGUUUCCUUAGAGAACUUCGAAGAAUGGAGGAUAGUUAUGGCGAGGUGCGGAGAUUGGUCAGAGGAAAAAGGACAAUUUGGUGCAAAUGUGAUUAAGAAAGCGUCUGUAAAUAAAAGGAAGAGAAUCGCUGUAAAGGAAAAUCCUUACAAAUCGCAGAUUAAUCCAGAAGAGGGUCUGAAAUCCAGUAUGACGCGGACGGUCGCGAUGCUCCAGAUUCGCAGACAAUGCUCCAAUUUAUACCCAAGUCACUUACUGGAGUCGGCGAGACGCGAGGGGGUGCGAUAUGUACCCAUAACUAUGGGCAUGUCGGAGAGAAAGGAGAGCCACCUACUUAACACUAUUCUUAGUCCAUUAUAG